AUGCAAGUAUCUCCUUGCGGGAACUCCCCUAGAAUCUUUACUUUACGCAUAGAGACAAUAAAGGUCUCGCGUAUCAGCUUGCAAAAACUGUCCUGCCCUGAGGCUGGUAAUAGCUUCAAAUCAACGGCUUCCAUCGUUGCACCGACUAGGCCGGGGCAACUUCGCCUUUCCCCAGAAAACUGCCGUCUCCUGCGGCUGGUUUAA